CGUGUCUCUGUUGUGUCACAUCAACAUCAACGCGCUCGUUCCUCUUUCUUACUAACUUAACUAGUAAGAGACUAAUACGUACAAGUUCCCAUUUUCAUCGUUGCUGCUCAGAGGUCUGAAAUGGCUACGCUUUUGGGUUUGAUUCUGGUGGGGUUCGGUCUCGGGGUGUUAACAGUUGUUGCUGUGGAAGCUCUGGGGUUGUUAUGGAUCAUGAAACGGUUGCGGCACAAGAUCAAUAAUGACGAAGCCUACUUCUCUUCCAAAACCCCGACUACGGCACUGCUUGAUCCCCAACAGUCUCUGGAUUUUGCUUAUAGAAAGCAGGGUGUGGUUUGGGUUCUAGAAUCAGGAAAGAUUUCAAAACCGUCAAGGGAGCAAAAAAGGAAAAAGGAGACCUUGGAGGUUUCCCCUGUUAAGACGUAUGGACAAAUCAAGGGUCAAUCACUUAUUCUUAGAGAAGCGGAUGGUUUGCACACGACGAUUGAACUCAAGGGCUGUGCAGUUCAAGCUGUGUCAGCAUCAAUUCUUUCUUCAAGAAAAUGGGCAAAAAUGUUCCCUAUCAAAGUGGAAAACACGAACUCUGUCAUAUACAAUGGAAACAAAACUAUUUAUAUAUAUCUUGACACUUCAUGGGAGAAAGAGGCAUGGUGUAAGGCCCUGUAUCUGGCUUCAUGUGAUCAAAAGGAAAAAAUCAAAUGGUUUACCCAGUUGGAUGAAGAGUUUCAUACUUAUCUGACAUCCUUGAAUGCUGUAUACCAUUCCUUUAUGAAACCAUCAGUGGAAUCAAGUGUUGAGGUAAUAGAAAGGGCUAGUAAGCCUGAUGGUUCUUCCUCAAAGGUUCGUCAAUUUUUCAAAAAGGUUGCUAGAAGAACUUCCCGAGUUGGUUUGGAAAAUAUAUCAACUUGGACUUCAUUGUCAGGUAAUGAAGAGAAAAAGAAUACCGAGAAGCUUCGUGCUUGCCAAGAUGCAAUUUUGGGUACUGGCUUUUUGAAGACUGCUUCUACAUCAAAGCCUCUUAAAAAUUCCAUGGUAGACGAUGUGAAGUUUGGUAUUGAUGAAGGAACAUUAUGUUGGAAUUUGUUGAUUUCCCGGCUCUUUUUUGAUGCAAAAGGAAAUGAGCAGUUGAAGAGAUCCGUGCAAGCAAUGAUUCAGAGAACAUUGUCCAAUAUGAGAACUCCUGGUUAUAUUGGUGAAGUCAUCUGUACCAAUAUCAAUACUGGGAAUGUUCCACCUUGCAUUGUAGGAAUGAGAGUUCUUCCUAUGGAAAUGAGUGAGGUAUGGGCUGUAGAAGUCGACAUUGAAUAUUCUGGAGGUGCUCUAUUAGAGAUUGAAACAAGGCUUGAAGUUCGUGAACUAGAGCUCCAUGCAGGGACAGAAGACUCAAAUCCACAGCCAAACAAUGCUGGAGCUGUCCCAUCAGAUCUUCUAGAAGGUUUUAAAUAUUUUGGAGAGCAAUUGAAUUUUGCAGAAAGAACGAAUGAUGUACAAGAGCAAAAAGAAGAUGGUGAUUGGAACUCUGAUGUUUCCAGGAGCUUUAAGAGAACUAUGUCUUCCCUAAAUCAAGGAUCAAGAUGGAAAUCUAUAUUAAAUUCUGUUGCCAAACAGGUUUCACAGGUUCCUCUCUCUUUGGCAAUAAGAGUCACUUCUCUUAGAGGAACAAUGCGCUUGCAUAUAAAGCCACCUCCCUCUGAUCGAUUGUGGUAUGGUUUCACAUCAAUGCCAGACAUUGAUUUCAACUUGGAGUCAUCUGUUGGAGAACAUAAGAUAACCAGUGCACAUUUUGCUUUAUUCCUGGUCAAUAGGAUAAAGACAGGAGUUCGAGAAACUUUGGUGCUCCCAAAUUGUGAAAGUUUAUGCAUUCCAUGGAUGUUAGCAGAAAAGGAUGAUUGGGUUCCUCGAACUGUUGCUCCAUUCAUAUGGAUUAACCAAGAAUAUGGAAACGAGAGAUCCACUUCAAUUGAUACCAAUAAUCAACCUUCUGGUGGAGUGGAAGCUAGUUUGGAGGUUGGUGCAAGCACCUCAAGUAAUGAUCCAGAGCACAAACAACAAAAUCCAGAGAGUACUGAAUCUAGUCAAGAAGCAACUAGGACAUCAUCAAAUUCUCUAGAACUUCCAUUAAGUUCCUCUAAUUCAGUAACACUAGAAAGCAGCCGGAGUUUGGAAGAACAGAAUACACCAUUGUUAGAGAAUGACAAACCUAAAAAAACCAGCGAUAUUAAAGAAUUUAGGACAUCAUUGAUACAGAAUGACAAACUACUUGAAACUAAUGAACAAAAUAUAGAGAAUAAUUCUGAGUCCCAAUCACAACACAGUGUGGUGAUGCCGAAACAAAAUCAUUCUGUUGAACAUGAGGAUGGACUGCCAAAGAAAAUGGGGAGAAGGGAAAGGAUGCUUGAUCUGGGAAAGAAGAUGAGCGAGAAAUUGGAAGAGAAAAGGCGUCACAUUGAAGAAAAGAGCAGGCACAUUGUUGAGAAGAUGCGAGGACCAUAAGAAAUAUAAACCAGUAAUGCAGUAAAGUCACGACAACCACGCAGACUGCUGUUGCAGUACAUAAACGACACACCAUCCAUAAAAUUAGUUAAAUAUUUGCAAAGAAGCCGAGACAAUGCACGGACUAAUCAGGAAUUAGAAGCUCCCCAGAAAAUAUUGAGAGAAAUCCAAGGAAGUCUGAAACAAUCUCAAGAUUUUCGUGUUUGAUCGUCAUUAUGCAUCUUGCCGCCUCUUGCACGAACUUUUUAUUUAACUAUUUUUUUUUAUUAAAAAAACCGAAAACUGUGAUGUUUACAUUAUAGAAUGCGGCCUUGAAUUUUCCAAGUGUCCUGAUUUUUUAUG